AUGUCGGGCCAAAUGAGCAAGGAAGAAGUCAAAAAAUUGUUUCAAGAAUUCGAUAAUGGAAAUGGACAUUUAUCCUUGGCAGAGAUUGAUCGAGCUAUUACUCACCGUUACCCGCAAUUAGGAACAAAUAAGAAAGCAAUCAUGCGAGCUUAUAAAGAAGCCGAUACUAGCGGAAAUGGCUUUGUUGAAUUACGAGAAUUUCGCAAGAUUAUUGAGUUACUUCAUCAUUAUGAUGAGUUGAGCAAACUUUUCGAAGAAUUAGAUACCAAUGAUGAUCAUCGUAUUAGUUUUCAUGAAUUCAAGAAAGGUUUUAGCCUAUUGGGUGAAGAUGAUACUGAUGAACAGUUCUUACGAAAAGAAUUCAAUAGCAUUGAUACAAAUCGAGGUGGUUACAUUCUAUUUGAUGAGUUCUGUAUGUAUAUGGCUAAACGAAAAGUGGAAUGA